UAAUGGAGCUUUUCACAGAUUUGGAUGAAACAACAUUGGAGAGGAAGAUGGAAACCGAUGGAUUAACAACCAAAGGUGAAAUAAGUUCAUCAAACAAUUUUCAUCUCGGGAAGGAUUCCACUACUCUCAGUGCAAUGAAUUCCAUAAGCACAGAAAUUACAAGUAAAAAUGAGGAGGCACCUGAUUGUCGACUGCCGGGGGUGUUGUACAGAGGAACUAAAAACGUGACAAUAACGGGACGGGUGUGUCAAAAGUGGGUCAACCAGAAUCCGCAUGAACACAACUAUGAUGUUUUCAGUCUUGCCCAAGAGAACUAUUGCCGGAACUUUGACCGAGAGGAACCAUGGUGCUACACAAGUGACCCCGAUGUACGCUGGGAACUCUGUGAUGUCAAAGUCUGUGUAACGCCUUGUCUCAACCAGUCUUUUUAUAGCUUUGACGUCAUUAAACAGUGCUACUUGGACUAUAAUCAACAGACAGACUGCGAGUAUGUUUUCAUUUAUUAUGCUACCAUAAACAAUGAUAUAGUUUUGCCCUGUUCGUCCGUCUAGCUAUCUGAUUGUCUACAGAGAAUCUCAAGAAUUAUCUCAAGAAUCAUUGGGCCAAUUUCAACCAAACUUGCCACAAAGUAUCCUUUGGUGACGGGAAUUCA